CAGUGUCCCCAAAUGCCCCCUUGCAAUUUUAAAUGGAUACAGAAAACUUCCUCACUUCCUGUCCUUAAUUGUUGGGCAGUGUAACUGUGCAUGGUCUACACACUGUCAUGUUCCACCCCAGAAAUAGCUGCAUUCCAGUAGUAAGGAUACUUGAUCUCUCUUUAUGGUUCAUGUUUCUUUUUGGUAGGAAUGCAAAGAACUUUGGAGUCUUUCUAGGUGAACACACACAAUAGAAAUACUACAGUAAUUAUCCAUAGCAGAGGGCAGUGCUUGGGUACAUGUGGCCAGUCUGGGUGUGAACUAGCAAGGAGUUAAGCUUUCUCAACAAAGAGCCCUUCAAGACUGUCCCCGUGCAGAGAAGGGUUGGCAGCUGUGGCUCAUUAGGCUGUGAGGAGGUGGAAUUGUGUCAUCUAAUUGGGGGAAGUCAUAAAACGGAAGCAGAGACCUGCAGAGUGGGACGCGAAGUGCUAUGUUCCUGAGAAGAGCUGUUUUGGAGUUUCUUAACCCAACAUGGACCAAAGGGAGUAGAGGGUCUGGGAACUGUUUGCCUGUUUUGUUUGAAAACAAAACUGAAGCUCCAGAAAGGUGGGAGGUCUUUUUCUUGUUCAGCCUUCCCUGAACCAUUAGUAAAGGAGGCUUUUUUGGUGGGUCUUGAGCCUCCCUACAUGAUGCUGCCUUGUGGCUAUUGGGCUUCACUUAGUUUUGUGGCUGCUUUCCUUUCCUUUGGAAGUGGCUGGACUAGUUGCCUUCCUGGAGCAUGAUGCUUUAAAGGGUCUUGGUUGUGAUCCUCAGGGCUGGCUGAUGGUCCUGGUAGGACUCAGCAUAUUUCCAUGGAGAGAAGGUAUCUCUUUUUCUCUGCAUACAAGUGAAUGCUUUCUCUCUGAUGCUGCUUUCUCUGACCUGUCUAUCAUCCUUGUGAGUCUGGAGGCCUGGAUUAGAGAAAAUGAAUGCUCCAGAGGUGCUCCUCCUAGCACUCGCCUCUUGUGCUGUGACCAUCAUCUUCAGCUAUGUUUGCAACAAUGACUGGUGGUGGCUGUGGCAGGUUAUGUCCUGUGGUGCUGCAAAAUGAGAGGUGAGGAAGCAGGCAGGAAUGAGAAGGAAUGGCACCUCUGGGCCUUUGCCUUGUUUUUAGCCAGUGGUGUAGCUCCUACCUGCUGUUUUGAAUGCUGAGCCCUACCCUGAAAACCCCCAAGCCACCACAAUUAUCUCCCUCCUAAGCACCAUCUCCUGAGCAGAAAUGACUUGGAUGUGCAACAUUGGGAGCAAAAUGGAAGGCUUUGUGGUUUUGGAUGCAUUUAAGGAGGAAGAAACCAGUCUGAGGAAAAUAAAGCUUCAUCUGCUCCAAGCGUGGCUCCUGCUGGUACUGGAAUUGCAUUGGAAAACUGAUCCUUGCCCUCCUCCAAACUGAGAGGCUCCUGUCUUGGCCUGGUAGAGAAGACUUGCUCUGUCAGUCAAGUCGGUGACUGCUGUGGGAGGAGCUCCGCCGGAGGAGGCUGUGUGGCUGGGAUGCUGAGACACCGAGGAUGGAGCUGCAAGGAGCGUGCACACUAGCAAGGAGACGGGCGAGCAGAGGCGGCUGAAAGCAACUCCAUCCCUGCCGACACCGAGAGGCCGGAUUUGCAGCGGCAGCCCCCAAGUUCCUCGCCCCUUCUCCCCGCCAACUCCGAGGAAUGAAAGCUUUCCACGCAGACCUGCUCCUGCUCUGCUUCUUCCUGCUCAGCCAAGAACUGGGUCUCCCGAGAAGAGGAUGCUGCCUGGUGCUGGGGUUCAUGUAUAAGGAGAAGUACAGGAGAAUGACUGAAGGUCAAGCGUCUUCCUUUACUCAGCAGCCUCAAGAUCAGGUGGUAAUAGCCGGGCAGCCUGUGACCCUGCUGUGUGCGAUCCCUGAGUACAACGGCAUUGUGCUGUGGAUUAAAGAUGGACUUGCCCUAGGAGUAGGCCGGGAUCUCUCAAGCUAUCCACGCUAUUUGGUUGUUGGAGACCAUUUGUCUGGGGAGCAUCACCUGAAAAUCCUCAGAGCGGAUCUCCAAGAUGACGCCUUGUAUGAGUGCCAAGCCAUUCAGGCGGCCAUUCGAUCCAGACCAGCCCGGUUGACUGUUCUCGUUCCACCAGAUGACCCAGUUAUCAUUGGGGGACCGGUCAUUAGCAUGAGAGCAGGUGAUCCCUUGAACCUGACCUGCCAUGCAGACAAUGCCAAGCCAGCAGCCUCCAUCAUCUGGAUGCGGAAGGGAGAAGUUAUCAACGGAGCUACCUACUCGAAGACCCUCCUCCGUGACGGCAAAAGAGAAAGCAUUGUGAGCACGCUCUUUAUUGCUCCAUCUGACAUUGAGAAUGGAGAAAGCAUUGUCUGUCGGGCCACUAACAAGGCCAUUCCUACUGGAAAAGAGACCUCUGUCACCAUCGACAUACAGCACCCACCUCUCGUGAACCUGUCAGUAGAGCCCCAGCCCGUCCUGGAGGACAACACGGUGAAGUUUCACUGCUCUGCAAAGGCCAACCCUGCAGUAACCCAGUACAGGUGGGCAAAAAAAGGCCAAGUUAUAAAGGAAGCAUCAGGUGACUUCUAUGAAACUGUUGUGGACCACACCUUUUUCUUCGAGCCUGUAUCCUGUGAGGUGACCAAUGCUUUGGGCAGUACUAACAUCAGCAGGACUGUAGAUGUCUACUUUGGGCCCAGGAUGGCAACAGAACCACAGUCCCUCCUCGUUGACCUGGGGUCAGAUGCAGUAUUCAACUGCGCUUGGACUGGAAAUCCAUCUCUGACCAUUGUCUGGAUGAAGCGGGGCUCAGGCGUGGUCCUGAGCAAUGAGAACACAUUGACACUAAAGUCUGUCCGUCAGGAGGAUGCUGGGAAAUAUGUCUGCCGAGCAGUGGUUCCACGGGUGGGCGCAGGAGAACGGGAGGUGACUCUGACUGUCAACGGGCCUCCUAUCAUCUCCAGCACACAGACUCAGCAUGCCCUGCAUGGGGAGAAGGGACAGAUCAAGUGCUUCAUCCGCAGCACCCCUCCGCCAGACAGAAUCGCCUGGUCAUGGAAGGAGAAUGUGCUAGAGUCAGGAACCUCUGGGCGCUACACAGUGGAGACCGUCAGCACAGAUGAAGGCGUUAUCUCAACACUGACCAUCAGCAACAUUGUCCGAGCUGAUUUCCAGACCAUUUACAACUGCACUGCCUGGAAUAGCUUUGGCUCAGACACUGAGAUCAUCCGGCUGAAAGAACAAGGUACGGAAAUGAAAUCAGGAGCUGGUAUGGAAGCAGAGUCGGUGCCGAUGGCGGUGAUCAUAGGCGUGGCUGUGGGGGCAGGAGUGGCAUUCCUGGUGCUGAUGGCCACCAUCGUGGCGUUCUGCUGUGCACGCUCACAGAGAAACCUGAAAGGUGUAGUAUCCGCCAAGAAUGAUAUCCGUGUGGAGAUCGUGCAUAAGGAGCCUGCCUCAGGCAGAGAGACAGAAGAACACCCUACCAUCAAGCAGCUGAUGGAAUCCAAGCCGAGGGAUGGAUGUCAGGACGGCGCCCUGAGCAGCCACGACCACUGCCGAGGACUGCAAACAGCAGCUGCUGGCAGACAGCGAUGCCAGGCAGAAUCAGGGACCAUCGUAAUGUGCCCGGGAUCUGGAUGUGCCCUUGAAUUCAACAGUCCUGGCAAUAAGUUAAUGGCAGCUACUCAGUUUUAACAGGUCUAUGGGUAGUUUUAUCACCAGCCAUCUGCGUGACAACAGCAUGACCAAAGUACAAAAGCAUAUUGGUAUCUUCCUCCAUAUGGUGGCCAGGAACACAGGGCCAAACAUGGGCAGGGAGCUAGAAUAUAUAUAAAGUGUGUAUUUAAUGAGCAGAGCUAAACUCCUGCUUACCAGCUCUCAGUGAAAGGUUGUGGUAACAGCAGGGGCUGUGGGUCCCAGCUAGGGCAUUGUUCCUCCCCAUACCACUCUGCCAAAGCUGCUCCUCACUGCCAGCAAGGAGAGUGCCAGAGAGAGAAUAUUCCUGUACAACCACACUCCUCCUUGCUGCUCCAUCCCACAGUGUCCCAGCUCUUCUGGGUCACCUUGCUGAGACUGGCAGAUCUCGGGCAGGGCUGGGGUGCAGCUUGGGUCCCGCUGGGAGCCACAUGAUGCUGGGCAGGAAGUGGUUUCAGUGGUUUGAACAAGCAAGAUGAUGCUGGAUGGGAGUCCUGGGCAGAUAUGAGGUGCCAGCUUAGCAGCCCUGCAGGCUGUGUACCCCUGUUGGUUUGCAAGAGCUCUGUCUGCACAGCCCACCCAGCGCUCAGCUGAGCAAGCCCAUGAAGGGACAGCGAGAGCACUGCAGAGCCAAGCAUGGGGCAGUAACCCCCAGCUAGCACACUCGGUACCAACUCAAGCUGCCGUUGCACCUGCUUGGGGUUAAUGCUGGCUGAGCUCCAGAAUCAGUGCAGUCCCCCAGCACAGGCAAGGCCUGAGCCGCACCAGCAUUUUCCUGAUAUCCUGCCUCCAUCAGCUUCAUAUGGUUUAUAUCACAGUAUAUGGGGCCAACCCCAUAAGGUGGAGGCCAUGGAGCUACAGCGGGGGUGAGUUUGGUGAGUGGUGCACCAGCAGGGAGUGGCUUCCCAUGGGAACACCUGCCACGUACUAUCUUUCAGGCUUCUUGCUACAUUCCUUCAAUAUACAUGCUAAAUCCAGUGCUUCCGCAUCCAUGUAGUGCAGAGACAUAUCUGUCCCUGGCCCCUGCAUCCCUCAGCCAACUCACCCCUUAGGAAUAUGGCAGUACCUCAGCACUCAGCUAGAGCUUUUCAACCGUGGAAGAAGAAGCCCCUGUAUUUGCAAAGGGCCCUUAGCCAGAGGUGUUGUCCCAACAUUUCCUGUCACUGAGAUAGGAAGGCAUUUCCCCUCCCUUUAAUAGAGAGGGAGACAGAAGCAAAGAGAGGGUACAUCACCUGCCCAGAGUCUCAUAGCAGAUCAGUCACUGAGCCUAGCACAGACCCUGCCAUCCCACCCAGUCUAUACUCCAGUCCCUGCACUCGCACAUUCAGGGAGAUUUAUAAGCCAUGGUCCUUCCUGCCCCGCUCCUGUCCCCCCAUUCAGCAGGUAGGUGAACAUCAUGUUCAGCCUUUCCAGGCAAGAGCCCUGAAGCUGAGAAGCUGCCACCAGACCCCCACUCCCACCAGGAGUCAACACCACAGUGCUGGAGCUCCUGGCCCUCAGACCUGUGCUCAGACCACCCCAUGCUCUGUGCUUACCCUUCCCCAACCCAGCUGCCUCCCAUCUGUGUGCACCCAUUAACCGUGCCUAGAGAACUCACUUCUGUCCCCCGCGCUGCGCACUGACACACGUCUCCACCUGGUUAAAUUAAGGGCCUCCUCAUUAACAUGCUAUUUCUAUGCGGUAGCUCAGGCUGGCGUUUGAUAUUCAUGCAGCGAUCCGGUGCUGCUCGCGCUGGCUCUGCAUCUCACUCUCCUUUUGUGCUGCAACAGACAGAAAAGAAAUAGAAACUAUUCAGGAAGAACAACAAAAAAGCUGCUUAUCUGGGAGUGAAUGGUGCCCUAUUGACAGCCCCUGGGACUAGCGUCAUCUAUUCACGACUGCAUGAGGCACAGUGCAGGCGCUGCUCCCCUCCUCCCUGCCAACAUGUGCCCAUACUGCCUGGGAGGAGCGGGGACAGGAUGGGGAGGGCAGUGUCCUUGACCCGUCCUCUCAGGACAAGGGUGCCAGCACUCCCUGGACUCCUUUGGCAGAGAGGAGGCCUCCACUCUCCAGAGGUGCCAAGCUGGCCCCUUCUGUCAGCCUGUACAAUUUGGUACCUAAAGCCCUGCCUCGGGUGGGAGCGGGUCUGGCUGCAAUCUGGGCCAGGUUAGUGGCAGAGAAUCUUGCCUUGCACCAGGGCUUGGGGCUUUGCACCAGCCCCAGUCAGGGAUGGCUGAACUGUGUAUUUACUGUCCAGUGAAAAAAAAAAAGAAGGAAAGCAAAUGAAUUUCCCAGCUUGCUAAUUGAUGAAGGGAGAUUGCAUUAGACUAAGCCACAGUGUAAACUUUAAUAAAGGUCACAUUAAUGAAUGGCUUAA